AUGGUGCUUGGUCCAGCCUUGCUUUGGGCUGCGAUGGAACCUGGCUUGGAGCAUAUGAUGACGGCUGAGAUUCGCAACCGCAUCCAGACGGAGUAUGCCCAGCUUCGAACCACUUUGGAUGAGGAUCCUGGGGCCGACUACAACCCAGUGGCGAAGAUCCCUCUGACAAUAUACAAGGUAGCCAAUGCAUUGCACAUUACUGAGUUUGCUCCCACCGCCCAGGUCCAAGCUGGUGCUGAGCCCUUGGUCGGAGGUGCUCCUGGUGGUGUCAACAUGGAACAGCUCAACCAAUUGCUUGCUCUCCAACAUAGGACUCAGCAGGCGAUCGAGGAGGCCCAGCAGAUGCUUGCACAGGACAUCAGCUCCUUGAGGGGCUAUGUCUCUACGAACAUUGCCAUCGUGAACAAGAAUAUUGGGAGGAUCAACCACUUCCAGUUGAUCGCGAGGGGUGGUGGCAACGGUGCUCCAAGGCUUCCUCUUCCUGGUGCGGCCGGUGGAGCUGGCGGCGGCGGUGGUGCUGCGGGAGCUGGCGGCGGUGGUGGAGCUGGCGGUGGUGGUGCUGCUGCAGCUGGCGCAGGUGGCGCAGGACUUCCCCCACCACCACCGAGGAGUCCUGGGCGUUUGGCCCGUCCUCCUGCCGCAAGGGGCCCGACACCCGCUACCCUCCCAGCACAGCUUGCGAAGAAGCCUUUCAACCUCUACGAGUUGUGGGACGAGUGGAUCAAGGGCCUGAACGGGAACAAGGCCGCAUGCGAGUUUACUGCUCGUGAGCGCGGCCGCGUCAAGGACAAGUUCUGCCGCCGCAAGCAUGUGUGGGACUGUGUGAUUCGGUUGAUGGCCAAGGGCUUCGAUUGGAGGGCUGCGGUCGACCGUAUCUAUGCCACCUACGGGUGGCUUACGGUCACCCAGAUCAUCAACAAGUUCAAGCAUGACAAGAAGAAUCAGCCCACCGGCUUCCACCCACGCUUGCGUUGA